AUGAACCUGCACGAGGUCUUCUCCGCCCCGCUCCUGGACGUGCCGCGCGAGGCGUGGCCGGCGCUGGGCGUGGCCCUCCUGUUCAUGGUCCUGGGCGGGCUGCAGGUUGCACGGGUCGCGUCCAGCGCCGUGAACGGCUUCUGGCGGUACUUCUUGCGCCCGAGCCGCAACCUGAAGAGCUACGGCGACUGGGCGGUGGUCACCGGCUGCACUGACGGCAUCGGCAAGGCGUACGCGGAGCUCCUAGCAGGGAAGAAGAUGAACCUCAUCUUGGUGUCGCGCACGCCGGCCAAGCUGGACGACCUGAAGCGCGACCUGGUCGCCAAGCACGGCAUCGAGGCCGAGACCAUCCCCGCGGACCUCACGAAGCCCGCGGACGCCACGUUCGAGGCCGUUACUACUGCAUGUGCGCGUCCCGGGCGCAAGGUCGGGCUGCUGAUCAACAACGCGGGCAUGUCGUACCCGCACGCGGAGUACUUCGACGCCGUCAGCGACGACCUCAUCGCGGACCUCGUCGCCAUCAACGUCACCUCGCUCACCAGGAUGGUCAAGGCGGUGCUCCCGGGCAUGCUCGCGCGGCGGCGCGGCGCCAUCGUCAACCUGGGGUCCGCCGCGGGGUCCGUCCUGCCGACAGACCCCCUCUACGCCGUGUACGCCGCAUCCAAGGCGUACGCCGAGAAGCUCAGCGCGUGCCUCGACGUCGAGUACCGCGAGAAGGGCAUCCACGUCCAGCUCCAGGCCCCGCUGUACGUUGUGUCGAAGAUGUCGAAGAUCCGGAAGCCCUCGCUGACGGUUCCGACGCCCAAGGCGUACGCGCGCGCCGGCCUGGCCUGCAUCGGGCGCGAGUCGGUCACAACCCCCUACUGGGCGCACGCGCUCAUGUGGUGGGCGGUGUCGGCGAUCCCCGUCGGACUGAUGAACUCGAUCCGCCUCGGACAGUGCAAGAGCCUCCGCGCGCGCUGGUACAGGAAGAACAAGGCCGCGUGA